UAUUGUUCUUUUAUUCUUCCUUAUGUCUUUGGUUUUGGUAUCACCAUCCUUGGUGUGUGAUGCCGCUGAAAGUGACAUCGAAACCAAUAAACUUUACAUUGUAUACAUGGGCUCACUUCCUAACGAAGAAUCAUAUUCCCCAACCUCUCACCAUCUCAGCUUGCUACAACAAGUUAUUGAUGAUAGCGACAUAGAAAAUCGCUUAGUUCGAAGUUACAAGAGGAGUUUCAAUGGUUUUGCCGCCAUACUAAACAACCAACAAAGGGAAAAUUUAGCCAACAUGACAGGUGUCAUCUCGGUUUUUCCAAGCUCAGAUUAUCGUCUUCAAACAACAAGAUCGUGGGACUUCCUUGGUUUACCUAAAUCAAUCAAAAGAGGCCAAACGGUUGAAAGUGAUUUGGUGAUAGGAGUUAUAGAUAGUGGAAUUUGGCCAGAAUCUGAAAGUUUUAAUGAUCAAGGUCUUGGUCCCAUUCCAAAAAAGUGGAGGGGAGUUUGUUUAGGCGGUGGUAACUUUAGUUGCAACAAUAAGAUCAUCGGAGCACGAUUUUACGAUGUGAGAGAAUUAAGUGCAAGAGACAGUGCUGGUCAUGGAACCCACACAUCAUCAAUAGCAGGUGGACGUGAAGUGAAGGGUGUGAGCUUUUUUGGUCUUGCAGAAGGAACUGCAAGAGGUGCAGUUCCAUCUUCAAGGAUUGCUGUAUACAAAGUAUGCAUCUUAGGUGGUAUAUGCAGUGGUGAUCUAAUUUUAGCUGCAUUUGAUGAUGCCAUUGCUGAUGGAGUUGACGUUAUCACUGUCUCUCUUGGUGUUCCAUAUGCCGCUGAAUUUUUUAAUGAUCCAGUUGCCAUUGGUGCUUUUCAUGCCAUGGAGAAGGGAAUACUAACACUGCAGGCAGCAGGAAACUUUGGUCCUGAACCAAGCUCUGUUAUAAGUGUUGCACCUUGGUUAUUUAGUGUUGCUGCAACUACCAUAGAUCGUAAAUUCAUUACUAAACUCAUUCUUGGAAAUGGAAAGACUCUUAUUGGCAAGUCAAUAAAUACCAUCCCUUCAAAUGGAACCAAAUUUCCAAUAGCUGUGCGUAAUGCUUUAAAGUGCCCAAAUGGAGGAAAUGCAUCCCCGGAAAAAUGUGACUGUUUUGACGAGAAUAUGGUGAAGGGUAAGCUCGUUUUGUGUGGAUCACCAAUGGGCGAACUAUUUUCUCCUGCAAAUGGUACAAUUGGUUCAAUUGUUAAUGUUUCCCAUUCUAUAUUUGAUAUUUCUGUUAUCAGUGAUAAGCCUUCAAUUAACUUGGAACAAAAUGACUUUGUUCAAGUUCAGUCUUACACAAAUUCCACUAAAUAUCCUACAGCUGAAAUUUCAAAGAGUAAGAUAUUUCAUGACAACAAUGCUCCUAUAGUUGACAUGCAAUCUUCUCGAGGCCCAAAUCCUAGAAUUCUAGAAAUUUUGAAACCAGAUAUAUCUGCUCCGGGACUGGAUAUUUUGGCUGCAUAUUCACCUAUAGCACCUAUAGAUGAUGUUGACAAAAGAAAGACCAAAUACACCAUAUUAUCUGGAACCUCUAUGGCAUGUCCCUAUGUCGCUGGAGUUGUUGCAUACGUUAAAUCUUUUCAUAAAGAUUGGUCACCUGCAGCUAUCAAAUCUGCCAUCAUGACAACUGCUAAACCAGUGAAAGGUAGUUAUGAUGAUUUAGCAGGUGAGUUUGCUUAUGGAUCUGGGAAUAUCAAUCCACAACAAGCUCUUCACCCUGGACUUGUUUAUGACAUCACAAAACAAGAUUAUGUGCAAAUGCUUUGUAAUUAUGGUUAUGAUGCUAACAAAAUUAAACAAAUAAGUGGAGAAAAUUUAAGUUGUCAUGAAGCUUCCAGAAGAGCCUUGGUCAAAGAUAUAAACUACCCUGCAAUGGUGAUUCCGGUUGAGCCUUAUCAUAAGAGCUUCCAUGCCAAAAUUCAUAGAACAGUGACAAAUGUUGGCUUUCCCAACUCAACCUACAAGGCUAUUCUCAUCAAUCAUAAUCUAAAAAUCAAGAUUACUGUGAAACCAAAACUUCUCUCAUUCACAUCAUUAAAUGAGAAACAAUCAUUUAUUGUCACUAUUGUUGGUGGAGAAAAAUUAAACCAAACUGUAUUUUCCUCCUCACUUGUUUGGUCCGAUGGCACCCACAAUGUGAAGAGUUUCAUCAUUGUGCAAAUACUAUCUCUAUAGUUGAUCAUGUUAUUGCUAUGAAAAAUUAAAUAUAUGAUUCUCUCUUUCUUAUA